UAAAUUGAAAUUAGAAUCUCAUAAAAUUAUGACAUAAACUUGGAUGUCUCUGGUGCAAAUCUAGGAUCUCUUCCAUACCAAGGUGCCCCCGUCUCCAUUUCUCCUUCUGUCUUAAGCUUUCUGGCCUCUGGCCACUAGAAGUUUAAACCUCCAUCUCUCCUCUGGGAGUCUUAGCUCUCUCCUCCUGUUACCUCAAGACUUCUGAUGAAGUCUCCUUCUUUAGUACAAGUUUCCUACACCUCCUAUUCUGUGGUUUUCUCACCAAGGCCAAAUUUAGCUUCAGAUGAUUAGUCACUGAUACCCUCUUUCUUGUUCCUAUUUAUCAGUGCCCUUCACAUUGGGCUUCCAAGGGUGAGGCUUACUCCUUGUUGUAAAUGAUUUCUCCCUACAACUCUAGUCCCAUCAUCGUGUUCUCCCUCCUGCAUGACUCUCCCUCAAUUAUAUCCUUAACUCCAGAGAGAGUAGUUUGGCAAGAGGGAGUUAGCCCCUCCCCAAGUCUUGUCCUCAUCAAAAGAUUGACUUCCAAACUUGCAAAGUUAAGAUCAAUGGAAAGGUAAGAUCAAUGGAAAGGGUGGUUCUUCAGUCAGAUCUGAAGAAAUGUUGACUCAUGAAGAAGAAAUGUUGACUCAUAACAAACAAAUAUUGAUUUGCAUGCUUGGUUUGCAUCCAUUGUUCCAUGAGACAGAGGGAUAAUUUUAGCUCUCUACAGUAGAUGAAAGAGACUGGUUCCUUUUUCAUUUGAAUACUGAUUCCAGAGAUGGGAUGUGUAUCCCACCCUUACUCCUCCUUACUGAAAAUUCUGACACAAAGGAGGAAAAUCAAUGAAUGACCUCUGGAGGGUGUCCCCUCCUGAUGGGGAAGGGCAAAUAAGAGGUAGUCUCUGAUGUAUUUUCAGAUCCUAAUUCUGUUGAGGAGCCCACUGGUAUGACUGAGAUCUGAUCUAUCCACAUGAUUCCUCUUUUUGACAUUUCUGCUGUUUGGUAGCUCAGAAUGGGGCAAUACAGUGGACUCUGCCCCCCGAGUCCACUCAACCUUUCUUCCACCCCCACCUAGGGGUAUUGCAUAAGGUGCCUGAAAGUGGUCACAAAAGCAGGGCACAGAGGCUUAACAGCCUCGUGUUUAGUUCAGGGAGCCCCAUUUCCCCUAAACUCCAGUUAGCUCAUUCUUUUCUUGAUCUUCCCAGAUUCUCUUCACAUCAUUCUGAACAAUCUUCAACUCUUCUCUUCCCCAUGCCCAGCCACAUUUCUUUUUUCAGUCCCUUACAGGACGUCCGGUCAAAAUUCACUAGGUAGGAGGGUCAUCAGCUGGAAAGAACCGGAACCUGGGGGGACCUGGCUGGAUAGGUAUGGGGGAUCCAGGCCAGUCCCCUAGUCCCUGGUCCCCCCAUGGCAGUCCCCCAACUCUAAGCAUUCUCACUCUCCUGCUGCUCCUCUGUGGACAUGCUUAUUCUCAAUGCAAGAUCCUCCGCUGCAAUGCUGAGUAUGUAUCUUCCACUCUGAGCCUUAGAGGUGGGGGUUCACCAGGAUCCCUUCGAGGAGGAGGCCGGGGCGGAGGGGUGGGCUCCAGCGGCCUCUGCCGAGCCCUCCGCUCCUACGCGCUCUGCACUCGGCGCACGGCCCGCACCUGCCGCGGGGACCUCGCCUUCCAUUCUGCUGUGCACGGAAUCGAAGACCUGAUGAUUCAGCACAACUGCUCCCGCCAGGGCCCCACGGCCCCUCCCCCACCCCGGGGCCCCGUCUUUCCAGGCGCAGGCCCGAUCCGCGCCUCUGGCUCCCCAGCCCCGGACCCCUGUGACUAUGAAGGCCGGUUUUCCCGGCUGCACCGACAACCCCCAGGCUUCUUGCACUGUGCCUCCUUCGGGGACCCUCACGUGCGCACCUUCCAUCACCACUUUCACACGUGCCGUGUCCAAGGAGCUUGGCCCUUGCUGGAUAAUGACUUCCUCUUUGUCCAGGCCACCAGCUCCCCCGUGGCAUUGGGGGCCAACGCCACCACCACCCGGAAGCUCACCAUUAUAUUUAAGAACAUGCAGGAAUGCAUUGAUCAGAAGGUCUACCAGGCUGAGGUGGACAACCUUCCCGCAGCCUUUGAAGAUGGUUCUAUCAAUGGAGGUGAUCGACCUGGGGGCUCAAGUUUGUCCAUUCGAACCGCUAACCCUGGGAGCCAUGUGGAGAUCCGAGCUGCCUACAUUGGCACAACUAUAAUCAUUCGGCAGACAGCUGGGCAGCUCUCCUUCUCCAUCAGAGUAGCAGAGGAUGUGGCCAGGGCCUUCUCAGCUGAGCAGGACCUGCAGCUCUGUGUUGGGGGAUGCCCUCCAAGUCAGCGACUCUCACGCUCAGUGCGCAGUCGUCGGGGAACUAUAACCAUGGAUACUGCCAGACAGCUGUGCAAGGAAGGGCUGCCGGUUGAAGACGCUUACUUUCAUUCCUGUGUCUUUGAUGUUUUAAUCUCCGGUGACCCUAACUUUACUGUAGCAGCUCAGGCAGCUCUGGAGGAUGCCCGAGCCUUCCUGCCAGACUUGGAAAAACUACACCUCUUCCCCUCAGAUGCUGGGGUUCCUCUUUCCUCAGCAACCCUCCUAGCUCCACUUCUUUCUGGGCUCUUUGUUCUGUGGCUUUGCAUUCAGUAACCAGGCCAGCAUUCAGUAACCAUGAUGGGUCUAGAAGUGAUUUGCGGAUGGAGAUUGGCAAGGGAGAACAUAAGAAUCACUGAAGGGAAACAAUGAGGGUAAGAAACAUAUGAAACAAUAACAUUUUUCCAGAGUGAGAGAAGGCUGCAGUCUAGGGUUGAAAUGAUCACAGAAUAAGGAUUUUGGGCAAGGUUUCUGCAUUCCAGACUUCAGUAGGGGCUCUUCACUAAUUUUCCCAGUCUUGUUAAUAGGAAGUAAAUUGUCCUAGUCCAUCUCCUCCUGAAAUCACCCCUACAAGCUUAGAGGUUAUGGGGUCCUGAGGAUCAGUAGAAAACUUAAGGGUUGAGACUUUUAAUAGAGAAGAACUGAAAGAGGAAGACAUGAUCAUUACCCAUCAGAAACUCAAAAUUGAAUGAUAUUUUCUCUUGGAAGGUAGAAAGAUGAAGAAAUGAUGAGGAAAAGAAUCUAUUUGAUAAGUAUAAUGUGGGUAAGGUGUGUUCUGCUUUCUUGGUUCAUAAAUGAAGUGGGAGUUGUUUGGAUUUUUGGUGAAGGGACUCUCUAUCUUUGGAGAAUGACACAGGUAGGAAAGAAGCUAUCAUCCCCAACCCUAACUGAUCUGAUAUUAAAGCUAUGGAGUCUUCACAUUGUUGUCUAUGUUGAAUCUGUUUACAGACGCUUAAGAUGGCAUAAAGUCAAUGUGUUCACUCCACCGAAAGAGGGCUCAAAAGCGGGAGAUAUUGUUCUGCCUUCAGGAAGUUUACAGGAUAUUAGGGAGACAAACUGACUUAUAUGAAGGAGUGAUGAGUGCGUAAUCAUUCACUAAAUUCCAUAAUACUAUGAAUUCAAAUGAGAAGAUGAUUGAGAAGAACUCAAGAAAUAAUAAAUAAUAAGAGGUAAUAGAGUAGAUGAGAUCUGAAGUGAUCUUUGAAGACUGGGUAAGAUUGGAUUUGAAUUAAGGAUCUUCCAGGCAGGAGAAACUAUCUAGACAUUCACAGAUUCAUGAUUCAGUGAAGAAACCAGCAAAACUCAAAUGAAGUAGAUGAGAAUUAAGGGCUAGAUUGAUAGAAGCCAGAUUAUGAAGUGCCUUGAAAGUGGGGCCAAGGAGUUUAAAUUCAAUUAACAGCUAACAGUUAUUGAGAGCUUAAAACCCGCCAGGCCAUUUUCUAAACAACUUAAAAUUAUUAAUUCAUCUAAUACUCACAACUCUCUAAGGAAGGUAACUUUCUUAUCUCGAUUGUUACAUAAGGCAAAUGAGGUACAGGAAGACUAAGCAAUUUUUCCACACUAACGCAGCUUACAAAUGGUAGAGCUAGAAACUGAACCCAGAGAAUUUGGCUUCGGAGACUUAACUUAAUCUCAACACUAUACUGUCCUGUCAAGGAAACAGCCAUUGAAGAUUUUAGUUGUGGACGAGGCAGGGAAAGGGAGCUGCAGGCAGUGGCUGCCAUCACAAAAACUAUUUUCUUCUUUUGUCAUAUGAAACCCAAAAGGGAGAGCUGGAAAGGAGGGGGAAGCCCCAAAUAGAAGGAAUCUAAUUUGGAGAAGAAAAGAAAAUAGAAGCUGUUCUAGUCCUGGAUGUUCUAAAGUAACAGUGCUUUACUCCUCCCUCUUCUCUCAGUUUCACCCAUCUAACCUAACUCCCCAGGACACACAUACACACCAGCCAGUGCUUACCAGACAGAGCGUCCUUUUGGUCUGCUAUUUUAAAUUUCUUUUGCAAUUCUUUAUCUUCUAUUCCUGACUCACUAUCUUCUCUAAAGACCGCAGCCACUCUGCCAUUCCCACAAAGCACAGUCUCUUUACUUUUAAAGAUGACCUGCUUCCCUGGUGGCUUAGAUGGUAAAGAAUCUGCCUGUAAGACACGGGUUCAAUCCCUGAGUUGGGAAGAUCCCCUGGAGGAGGAAAUGGCAACCCACUCCAGUAUUCUUGCCUGGAGAAUUCCAUGGACAGAGGCGCCUGGUGGGGUACAGUCCAUGGGGUUGCAUAGAGUCGAAUGCAACCAAGACACUUAGCUAAUCCAGAAAACAAUCUGUUCUAAUGGAAGAAAAUUAGAGGAAACAUAUCCAUUGCUGUUCUCACUUACAGAUAACUUAGGCAUUUCAAUUCAAAACAUCUUUUUGAGAAACUGCUCCUUUUAUUGGUUAACUCAAAAGAGUACAUAACUUCAUCCCUCAAAAUUCACUUGUGGGAAUUUCAAGUAGGUUAAGAAGAAUUUCACAGCCAGUUGGGGAGUGAGAUUCUUUUAUGGCCCCUGUCAUUUGCUUCAUUUGCCCAAACUCAGGGUUAACCCUAUUAUCAAUGGAGUAUUUAAAAAUGAGUAGUUCAAAAUAAGCACAUGAAAAGAUGCUCAACAUCAUUACUCAUCAUGGAAAUGCAAAUCGAAUUUGAAAAACAAGGAGAAAACGCUACAUAACCACUGGAAUGGUUCAAAUUAAAAAGACUGAUCAUAUCAAGUGUUGGCAAAUUGUGAAGCUCUGACAUGCUAUUGGUGAGAAUGUAAAUUAGUGCUACUACUUUGUAAAAUUUUUGGCAGUUUCUUCACAAGUUAAGCAUAUACUUACCACACACUCUAAACAGUCCACCUCUAAGUAUUUAUCCAAAAGAAAGGAUAAAGACUUGUAUACAAUACCACUCAGCAAUAAAGUGAAAUAAACUACUGAUACACACAAUAAUAUUAUGAAUCUCAAAAUAAGAAUGUAAGCGAAAGAAGCCAAACAACAACAAAAAAGAGUACAUACUGUAUGUUUUCAUUUGUAUAAAAUUAUAAAAAGUGUAAACCAAUAUAUACUGACAGAAAAAAGAUCAGUGGUUGCCUGUGGAUGGUCAGGGGAGGGAGAGAGGGAUGGUUUACAAAGACACAGGAGGAAAUUGGAGUAGAAUGUUCAUUAUCUUGAUUGUGGCAAUGAUUUCAAAAAUCAUGAAACUAUACACUUCAAAUAUGUGCAGUUGAUCAAACAUUAGUACAUCUAAUAAACGUGUAAGAAAAAUAAAUAGGUAGCCGACCUUUCCCUCUUCUUUUGGUGGGUCAGUCAAAGGAAAGACCAUUGUAUGAAAAGGAAGAUUAUAACAGAAUUUCCUUCUUCUAGGAAAACACAGGAAAGAAGAGGAUGACAAGGCAAAGAACGAGAGCAUUUAGGGACUUCCCUGCUGGUCCAGUGGUUAUGACUUCGCCUUCCAUUGCAGGGGGUGUGGGUUUGAUCCCUGAUUUGGGAACAAAGAUUCUACAUCCCUUGGGGCCAAAACACUAUAAAACAGAAGCAAUACUGUAACAACAAAACAUAAAACAGAAGCAAUAUUGUAACAAAUCCAAUAGAGACUUUAAAAAUGGUUCACAUCCAAAAAUAAAUAAAUAAA